UGAGAGGGUCUGAAGGGCUGUACAUGGUGAAUGGCCCCCCCAGCUUCACGGAAAGCACGGCCUUCCAGAGGGACUCUGGAAAGAAUUGCAGAGCUGUUGCUUUCAGCAAGGAUGGAUCCCUGUUUGCCUGGUGCAAUGGAGAAAAAGUGAAUGUUGUCAAUGUCACCAGUGCUGCAUUGCUGUGUUCCUUCGACCUCCCAAAGGCUGUUUGCCUUGAGUUCUCGCCAAAGAAUAACAUUCUGGCCACGUGGCAGGCCUAUGCCACUGCCAAGGAUGGCACAGCAGGAGUGCCCAACCUGCAGCUCCACGAUCUGAGGACUGGAAAAUGCUUGAAGUCCUUCAUCCAGAAGAAACAGCAGAACUGGUGUCCCUGCUGGUCAGAUGACGAAAGCGUUUGUGCCAGGAAUGUGAACAACGAAGUGCAAUUCUUUGAGAACAACAACUUCAAUACCAUUGCAAACAAGCUGCACUUGCAGAAGGUCAGCGACUUUGUGUUGUCCCCGGGAUCACAGCCAACCAAGGUGGCUGUGUAUGUCCCAGGCAGCAAAGGUGCCCCGUCCUUCGUCAGACUCUACCAGUACCCCAACUUUGGGGGGCCAUCGUCAGCACUGGCCAACAAGAGCUUCUUCAAGGCCGACAAGGUGACGAUGCUGUGGAACAAAAAAGCCACAGCAGUGCUGGUGGUGGCGAGCACCGAGGUGGACAAGACGGGAGCGUCGUACUACGGCGAACAGACACUGCACUACAUCGCGGCCAACGGGGAGAGCGCGGUCGUGCAGCUGCCAAAAGAUGGCCCCAUUUAUGACGUUGCCUGGAGCCCCAACUCCGUGGAAUUCUGUGCUGUGUAUGGUUUCAUGCCUGCCAAAGCCACCGUUUUCAACCUGAAGUGUGACCCCGUGUUUGACUUUGGCACUGGCCCUCGCAACGCUGCCUACUACAGCCCCCACGGACACAUCCUGGUGCUGGCAGGAUUUGGGAACCUGCAGGGACAGAUGGAGGUGUGGGACGUUAAAAACUACAGGCUCAUCUCCAAGCCUGUGGCCUCGUAUUCCACCUACUUCGCCUGGUGUCCGGACGGAGAGCACAUCGUGACGGCCACAUGUGCCCCGCGGCUCCGUGUCAGCAACGGCUACAAGAUCUGGCACUACACGGGCUCAGUGCUGCAUACCCACAAGGUCCCUGACAACCAGGAGAUGUGGCAGGUGUCCUGGCAGCCCUUCUUGGACGGCGUGUUCCCAGAGAGAGCUGUGAAGUACCAGCCUGUUCCCAGUGAGCUGCCCAGCGCCGAGCCGAAGCCUGCUCAGGCCUACAGACCUCCUGCCCUCAGGAACAAGCCUGUGACUAGCUCCAAGCUCCAUGAGGAUGAGCCCCCCCAGAAUAUGAAGCCCCACCCAGGAGGUGAUAAGCCAAUGUCCAAAACAGCUCUCAAGAAUCAAAGGAAACACGAAGCAAAGAAAGCUGCUAAACAGGAGGCCAAGGCCGAUGGGACCCAGGGCACGGUGCCAGCCCUGGCCCCGCCGAACACCCCGCCAAACGCCGCGCCUGCCACCACCACGGGGCACCCUGAGCUCGACAAGAAGAUAAAGAACCUGAGAAAGAAACUAAAGGCAAUCGAGCAGCUGAAGGAACAGGCAGCUGCUGGCAAACAGCUCGAGAAGAACCAGGUGGAGAAGAUCCAGAAAGAAGCUGCUCUCCUUAAGGAACUGGAAGAGCUAGAACUGGGUGUUUAA